UGUCAGUUCAGACUUGACAAUAUCUAGAGCGUAAUAUAAUUCUACCUCUUUGUUUUGAAGUUGAAGACACUGAGGUGAUGUAUCCAGGGACAGACUGUAACAUCAAACAGGCAGCCAUUGAGUAUCGAGGGGUCUGCCUCUCCUAUGGGAAGCUAAAUGUGCUCGAUAACUUUAACCUGACACUACCACAGGGCCAGAUGUAUGGACUGCUAGGUCCCAGCGAAUGUGCGAAGGCACCCUUUUUCUGCUGUGCUUUGGGAAGAUUAAAUAUCUCAAAGGGGACUAUUAGAAUCCUGAGGAAGCCUCCAGCAUUCCCGGGUCACCAGGUACCGGGCAGGAUUGUGGGAUACAUGCCUCAGGUAUUAACCAUCAUGGAAUUUGCCUUAUACAGUGACUUUACUAUUCGGGAUACAUGCUGGUUCUUUGGUCAAAUUCAUGGACUGACCCACAACAACAUUGAAUCUCGUCUCUCAUUCCUCAUAAACUUUCUCAAUCUUCCUGAACAGAAUAAACUUGUCAAACAUCUUAGCGGUGGUCAGAAAGGGCACGUACCCCUUGGAGCUGCUUUACUCCAGGAAUCUCAGCUUCUCUCAUUGGAUGAGCCAACUGUUGGAGUAGAUCCUGUUUUACAAGCGAGGAUCUGGCAACAUCUGGCUGAUGUGGUGAAAGAUCGAAAGGUAUCAGUGGUCAUAACAACGCAUUAUAUCGAGGAAGCAAUCCAGGCUGAUGGGGUCGGGUUAAUGAGGAACAGUAAGCUACUGGCCGAAACUCCACCUGGUUAUUUAAUAAGAUUCCACAAUGUUGCAACCUUGGAGAAUGCCUUCCUAAAGUUGUGUAAAGCCUCAGAUCAAUCAUCUGCAAUGGUCUCUGCUGGUAUCUACAGGAAGCGAAUUGCCCAAGGGAUCAGUGAGGAGGAAACUGUCCCCUUGAUCCCGCAGGAAACUAGCCCCAAGUUCCCAGCGAGCUACAGGUUGUGGAUGAAAAGCCUAAUUCCUAAAUGGAGGAAUAUUGUGGCUUUAUCAUUAAAAACAUUUACCAAAAUUCGGAGGAUGCCUGGUUACAGGCAGAACAUAGUAAGCAAGGACAUAUUGAUUACAGGGUGGGAAAAAGACUCAGAGGCGUACAGGUUUGUUUCACAGGGCAUGCACUCGGUGAGAUCAAUGUUAGCAAGAUCAGCGUUAUUUCAGGCUAGAGCAUUCUUUCAUCAGUCUGGUAACAGCCGAGAAGAAGCUGUUCCUGAACCUUCCCUGGCAGAGCAGUUGCCGUACCAGGCCAUUAUUGCGCCCAGAUGGUACACUCUCAAUGGUGCAUGUGUAGCAGUUGGCAAAUUACAGGGGAUCGAGGCAGGCCGGGUGACUGGGGUUGAUGGGGACAAUGACCAGCCUAUCGAAGCACUUCCUGGCGAUGGAAGUCUGAGCCACUGGGUGGUAGUCAUUAAGGCACAGAUAUGUGUUUUCCUGGGUACGGGGAGGAUGGUGGUCUUCCUGAAGCAGCCUUUGCCAGAGGCAGCGGGAGACUGUUUGGUCGGCCUGGGCCUCCAAUUUGGCCCGGUACUGCCCCUUGGCCUCCCUGAUGGCUUUGUGGAAGUCAUAUUCAUAUCUGGGUUUUCUGUAUUAGUCUGGGUCACCCAACUUGAUUGCUGCAUGUCUGAUCUUCAGGCAGCUGAGAAGGUGGUGGAUGAAAGAACGAUUGAUGGGGGUUCGGUCCAUGUUUGGCUAGAUAUGACCAACCAGGAAAUUGCAUUCACCAUCAAACGAAAGCUGCAGGAAGCUUUCGAGAGGUUUGUUAAGGAGGUCCUGGGAAAGGCUUCAUACCUCUUCUCUCCUCCACUGAAGUUUGAAGAGCCAAUUUGUGGGAAUAAACAUCCUGAUUUUACAACAUUCAUUGUUCCUGGGACAAUCUUAAGAUACAGCACCAAACCGAGCACCUGCGGCAUUGUACAUUUGGAGUGUUUUAGAGCAAUAAAAACCGACGGAACCGCGGAUGCUCAUCAGUUUUUCUUGGCCCUGGGUUUGACGGCUCUCUCGUUUGUCAUUGAAAAGCGGGAGGGCUUGCUGAACAGAAACUGGGCUUCGGGCGCUACUUCCCUCGAGCUGAUAUUGGCUCACACCUUUUCCCACCUCCUGACAAUGAGUGUUCAGAUAACAUUGUUACUCAUCUUUACUUCCUUUGUUUUCAAGGUUCCCAAUGAAGGCUCCUUGUUUCUGAUAGUAAUCCUGAUCUUAAUGCAAGGCAUCACCAGAAUGGCCUUGGGGAUUGUCAUCUCGGCUUUGUUUGAUGAUGAGCAGUCAGCAGCCCAGCCUUCCCUAGGUAUCUUCUACCCUCGUAUUGUUCUGAGUGGUAAAAUUUGGCCCAUUGAAAGUAUCCUGUAUCCCCUGAGGUACGGUAGUUUUAUUUUACUGCAAACAUAGGCAUCAGAAGCACUCCAAGGUGUAAUUGAUCAAGAGGACCACACCCAGCAGAUGAGUAUGACGGAUUCCAACUGGGAAAAUGCUGAGAAACAAUGGCGAUUAAUAGCUUGUCAGAUGGAGGAUGAUGGGUUUGAUAAUUGUUUCAACAUUCUGUGUUGGCUCGAACUGAUGCACCGACACCACAUUGUCCCCAGCUCGGCCUGUCCUCAGCAGUGUGUGAGGGAGAGCAAAGAAAUGGUGUGGAACCUGGACUAA